AUGAUGCUAUCUCACGUGCUCACCACCUCAAUCCGGCCUCGUCUUCCUCACCACCUGCACCGCUGCUCCUCCUCCGCCCGCGCCUCACUCGCCGUCGACUCGCAGCCGAGGCCGUCCUACGACGUGGUGCCCACGCACGUCGCCGCGGCGCUCCCGCAGAGGUGGGUCGUCUUUUCGGACCUGCAUGUGCGGCAGGACACGCUGCCGGUCUGCCUCGAGCUUCUGCGUCGCGUGGCGGCCGAGGCGCGCGCCCGCAACGCCGGCGUCGCCUGCCUCGGCGAUUUUUGGCACACGGGUGGGGUGCUGUCGACGCGGCAGCUAAACACGGUGCUCUCGGAGCUCGCGUCGUGGGGCGACGACGUGCCGAUGCUCAUGAUCCCGGGAAACCACGACCAGGCCAUGCGUGGCAACUCUGACCCGCUGCUUCACGCACUGACCCCCCUCCAGCUCGCGCUGCCCCGCUCGGUCACCGUCUUCAGCCGCGUGACGCGGCUCGGCUCGUCGUUGUGGGCUCCGUAUGGCACGACCGCCGCGGAGCUGCGCGCCGCGUGCGAGCACGCCGCAUCUGACGGCCACGAAGGCCUCGACGCCGUCUUUUGCCACGCCGACAUUGUCGGCGCGCAGAUGAGCGACCGGCCGCCCGGCGACGCUGGCGGCUUCGUGCGGCGCGUGGCCACCCAGGGCCUCACCGCAGACGCCUUCCCGCUGCCGCCGGUGCGCGUCUUUUCGGGCCACUACCACAACCCGCACUCCGUCCCCGAGCCAGCCGCCAAGGGCCGCGCUAUCCGGUACGUCGGCUCUCCGUACCAGACGUCGAUGUCCGAGGCGGGGCAGCGCAAGGCGCUGCUGGUGGUCGACAGCGCACGCGGGUGGCGGGUGGCGGAGGAGGUGCCGCUCAGCAUCGGCCGGAGGCACCACGUGCUCUCGCAGCCGGGCAGGUCGGAGCUCGCGGACCUCGGCGCGAGCCUGCGGUCUGGUGACCGCGCUCUGCUGCUGGCCGACCAGAUCGACGAGCCGCUGCUCGAGUUUGCGGCGCAGCAGCGGCGCCGCGGCGCCGCCGUCGAGCUGCGCCGUCCGGUCUCGAUCGAGGCGGCCGAGGCGGCCGAGGGGGGCGAGGCGGCGGCGGCGGCGGCGAGGGCGGCGGCGGCGGCUGCCGGGGCAGCGGACAUUCUCGAGCCCGAGGCGCUGUUUGCGCGGUACGCCGCCGCGAGGGGGCUCAGCGAGCCACUCGUCGCCGCCGGGCACGAGGUUCUCUCCGCGUGCGCGGCGAACGCGAGGCUGCAGCUGCCGCCGCCGGUGCAGCUGCGGCUGCACGCCGUGACGCUGGACGGGUUUGGCUCCUUUGACCGGCCGACAGAGUACGACUUGCGCGGGCGAGGCCUGCUGCUGCUCCAGGGCGCUUGCGCGGCGGCGGGAGGCGGCGGCGGCGGCGAGGCCAGCGGCGAGGCCCUCCCCGAGGGUGAUGCUGGCGGCGAGGGCCAAGGGUCGAGCAACGGCGCGGGCAAGACCACGCUGGCGAUGGCGCCGUUGUGGGCGCUGACGGGCAGCACAGACGCGCGCGCCAACGGCAAGCCCGUCGAGGCGAGGGGUGUGAUUAGCGAGGGGGCGUCGCGGGCGGUGGUGAGCUUGCGAGGCGAGGUGAGCGGCGGCGUGCUGCAAGGUGGGGACGGCGAAGGCGGGGGCGGCGAGGGCGGCGAGGGCGGCGGUGCGGCGCCCGUUCCGUUUGAG